GGGGGGGUAGCAUCGAAAGCAAUUUAGGCUUAAUUUGGCCUGCAACUAAGUGACGGACGUGAAAGUAGCGUGGUUAUCAACCGUUGUUCGAUGUUCAGCUACAUGAUGUGACUGCUCCCAAGAUGGUCAACAGCCGAAGUUACAGGGAGUGACAAGGCCAUUGGGACCGUAAUAGAUGUGAGGGAAACAAGAGAAAAGGCUUUCUGAGGAGGUGCUCUUGCUGCUGUAGUGAUGGUGUGCCACUUGGAGUCAUCUGUAUACUUAAAGCCAGAUAGGACUUACCAAUCAAAUCAUCUCAUCAGCUGAGUCAACACACACACCCAGUUCUGGAUGAGACUGCCCUGACAGCUGGGCAGUUGGAUAGCUAAGUGUAGAACAUGACAGCCGUGCAGUUAACUAGCAGAGGGUGGAUUAUGACUUCCAGUAUCACCAGCUGGAGCAGUUUACCAAUAUUCCAGUCAUCAUAUUCUCAGAGGGAAGAGUGAUGAUCCAUAGUGUGUCUUGAUUUUGAUUAUUGGUUCAAACUAUUCCUAUUAGGACUAAUAUAGUAAAAAAAAAAAAAAAAAAUUGAGAGAGUAUGUUUUGUAUAGAACUGGAAAAGUACAUUGAUUUUAUAAUUUUCAUUGAUACAGAAAAGAGAUUGCAGCCAAGUAACUUUGAAGUCUCUGCAGUUGUUAUUUGCUUCCAGCCACAAUUGACACCAGACAUUCUGAGGAUGAUUUGGUCAUAUCUAACAGUUGCCAGGCUUAGUAUUAUAAUAUCUCUGAAGAUAUGCAGAAGAUGGUGCAGAAGGAUUUUGUUGACAGCCAGAAGAAUGACAAUGGUAUUUCUGCAGAGGAAAACCACAACCUCCUUAUACGAGCACAGGUUCUUCAAAAUACGGAACCAAGUACUGGGUCGCAAGCUCAUCUUCAGUGGAUCACCUCAUGAUGUUGAUGAUGAUGAUGAUGAUGAUGGAGUGAGUGUGAGAGCAAGUUUUUUGCCCAAAUCAUUAAAUUGCAAUGUGUUUAUUGCUAUUCAUGGGUUUUCUGAAGAUAAUGGUCUAAACAGCCAACUUUCACUUUUGUCUGACUGGGCCUCAUAUGAAAAGGACAAGUUAUGGCCAGAGAGUCAGGAUAUUGAGAAGAAUGCAUUUAGAGCCUAUUAUCCUCUGUGUUAUACAACUUCAACUAGUCACAGCAGCUUCAAGUUUCGGAAACCUUCACUGAAUCUCCUCUUUGGCCUGAGGAGAAUGAAGUUGCAAGGAACAAAGUCUAGCCUACUUUUUAAAUCAAUGUCAGUGGGAAAUAUAGAUGGCUCUGGAAUUGCUUAG